GUGCGCACCUCCUUCUCCUCCCGGAUUCCCGAAGCGGUCGCUCCUGUGGUGUCUGCUGUGUGCCGCCCGGCCGUCGCCAUGGUGAAGCUGAGCAAAGAAGCCAAGCAGAGGCUGCAGCAGCUCUUCAAGGGCGGCCAGUUCGCCAUUCGCUGGGGUUUUAUCCCUUUCGUGAUUUACCUGGGUUUUAAGAGAGGUGCAGAUCCCGGAAUGCCUGAGCCAACUGUUUUGAGCCUGCUCUGGGGGUAAAGGACUGUUUGGUCACCUGGACUUGGAAACAGUCGUUGGACGAGGGCAGCGUGGAACACGUGUGCUCUGCUGGGACGAGACCUGCUACAUCGCUCAGUCACCAAUGGGCAGCACGGGGCUCUUCUCGGAUGCAUCUGUGGCAGAGUGGAACCUCUACUGACUUGUGUAUGAUAGAUUGAUCAAAAUAAAUAUUUUUAUCAAUGCUA